GUUAGUUUUCAGCUGAGCACACUUUUCUCACGUGGGUCGUAUAUAACUGUGGACAUUGUUGUGAAACAACGACAUUCUAAGCCAUCGUCUGACCAUGACCGGCCUACGUCUCCUGGUGGUGCUGGUGUUUGUGCUGCCCUCUCACGGCGACUUCCCCUUCAGGAACACGAGUCUGUCCUGGGACGAGCGUGUGGACGACCUGGUGGGCCGCCUCUCCAUCGAGGAGAUCAUGUACCAGAUGACCAAAGGAGGCACUAGCCCAGGCAAUGGCCCCACUCCGCCCAUCCCCAGACUUGGUAUAGGGCCCUAUUCCUGGAACACGGAGUGUCUGAGGGGAGACGUGGAGGCGGGGAACGCUACCUCCUUUCCCCAGUCUCUGGGUCUGGCGGCCGCCUGGGACCCCGAUGUUGUGUACAAAGUGGCAGAAGCGACGAGCGAAGAGGUUCGAGGAAAGUUUAAUGAUUUCGUGAAGAACAAACAGUACGGCACCCACAAAGGAAUCAGCUGCUUCAGCCCCGUCAUCAACAUCAUGCGCGACCCCAGGUGGGGCAGGAACGAGGAAACCUACGGAGAGGACCCCCACCUGACUGGUCAGUACGCCGCCCACUUCGUGUGGGGACUGCAGGGGAACCACCCCCGCUAUGUCCGAGCUAACGCCGGGUGUAAACACUUCGAUGCGUACGCCGGCCCGGAGAGCAUACCCGUCAGCAGAAUGUCCUUCAAUGCCGUUGUUUCAGAGCGAGACUGGCGAACAACAUUCCUGCCCGCAUUUAGAACAUGCGUCAAGGCGGGGACCUACAACAUCAUGUGUAGCUACAACAGCAUCAAUGGUGUACCAGCGUGUGCCAACAAGCGGCUGCUGACGGACAUCCUUAGAGACGAGUGGGGUUUUCAGGGCUACGUCGUCAGCGACCAGGGUGCAAUAGAAAACAUCAUCGGCUCCCACCACUACUUAAACAACAGCGUAGAUACUGUAGCAGCCUGCGUCAAUGCUGGAUGUAACCUCGAACUUGCAGGCAAAGCGGAGGCCGUGUAUCUGUCUAUGUUGGAUGCCGUUAAGCAGGGGAAGCUGACCGAGGACCUAAUGAGGGAGCGAGUUAAAAAGCUGUUCUACACCAGGAUGAGACUGGGAGAGUUCGAUCCCCCCUCCAUGAACCCGUACUCCACAUAUGACCUCUCGUAUGUAGAGUCCGCGGCUCACAGGGAACUCGCUGUAUGGGCUGCCACAAGAACAUUUGUCCUCCUGAAGAAUGAUGGCGGGUUUCUUCCACUCAAGCAGAAAUUCGACACUAUUGGAGUUGUGGGCGUCAUGACGUUUGAAGGCAACAACACCGUCGGCAACUACGCCCCCAACACCGACCCUCGGUUCAUGUCGCGGACAAUCGACGGUCUGAGAACGCUUGGGAACGUGGUUCAGGCUGCAUCUGGCUGUAACGACAGCAUGUGCGAGAAAUACGAUGCCGCCGCUAUCAAAAAGGCAGUUACCGGUGUCGACGUGUUGUUCAUCACGUUAGGAACAGGAGCCAGAAUCGAGAAAGAAGGACACGACAAACCGGACAUCGAGCUGCCAGCCGGACAAGUGCAGCUCCUAAAAGAUGCCGUCCAGUACAGUGGGAAUGUCCCUAUAGUUCUACUGCUAUUUAACGCUGGUCCUCUCAAUAUGACCUUUGCUGUCGGGAACCCUCGCAUCGUGUCCAUCAUGGAGGUGUUCUACCCUGCCCAGGCCACGGGGGAGGCGCUCAGGAGGGUCCUCACCAACGAUGGGGGAAACAAUGUCCCCGCCGGAAGACUUCCCUACACAUGGCCCAGGUCUCUGGAUGGGUUCCCCGAGAUGGUGAACUACUCCAUGGACGGCCGCACCUACCGCUACUUCAACACAGAAGUACUCUACCCCUUCGGAUAUGGCCUUUCAUACUCCACGUUCUUCUACAAGGAAGUGACGUAUUCGGGAAUGGUGGAGGGAGCACAGAGCGCCAAUGUAACCACAGUGGUCGUCAACAACGGGCCUUAUGCCGCUGACGAGGUAGUGCAGCUGUACGUGCGAUGGAAGAGUCCGUCCGUCCCCACCCCAAAGAUUCAGUUGGUGGACUUCAAGAGAGUGUCCUUAGCGGUCAAACAGGAGCUGACCGUCAACCUGACCAUAACAGCCCAGAAUAUGGCGAUCUGGGACGACUACUACGGCUGGAUAGUCGAGGACGGUUACCUGGAGAUAUUUGUCGGUGGCCAGCAGCCCAACCAGGUGCCGACUGUUCCAUCCAAUAUACUGUCAGGAGCAGUGUUAAUUAACGGCACCGUGAUUCUAGGGAAGUAUUAGACGUCAUGGUAUCUCGCUGUAUCAGGUCAUCUUGUCGCCAGAUAAAAUAUUCUUUUAUUCGUUUCAUGUCUGUAUUCUUAAUUUCGUGUUCACUGUAAUAAAUCAUCAUACGAC